UGCGGAAGUACGGAGUCCUGCGAAGGUGCGCGAAUUUGAUGAGCAAGCCUGGACUGUACCUCCUGAAGAAGUGCAGCAAGCUGCGCCGGUGCUGGGAUCGCAUAAAGAGGUGCUUCCGCCAGAGCAAGUCGAAGGUGACGCCUACCAAGUUCUCCAAGGAGCCUGCGACGCCGACAGAGGCGGGCAGCAUGAAGGAUGCCCGCCAGGGCGACGGCUGGCCGGACCUCCUGGAGGGCGAGCAGGAGCCGGGCGAGCCGCGCGAGCCCGCGCCCGAGCCGACGGAGCCCACGGAGCCUGGGUGGGAGGAGCUCUUGGUGCGGCUGCAGGACUUCUUCCGGCUGCAGCCGAGCAAGGCGGACAUCCCCAGAGGUGUAGCAGAGAUCUUGGAGCAGUGGAGCCAGGAGACCAGCGGAGCGACCAUCGCAACAGCGGUGCUGACGGAGGUGCUGUCACAUCCCGCCGUGCUGAGCGGCCAGGACACGGACAUCGAGAAGCUGAAACCAGUCGUCAAUAACGCAUGGCAGAAGAACCUGCGUGAGCUUCCACAAGAGAAGCGCAGCAUGCUGGAGUGGGCCAGCGACGACCUCAUCGAAGACAUCAGGCUCCAGAUCCAACUGGACCAUCCGGGCGACGACGUGCUGCGGGAGCUGGCACGGGUCAGUGAGGACUGGCGUAGGCGCUGGAAGAAGGAGGACUUGGAGGUUCUACGGGUCAUCGAACUGGCGGCCAUUGGGGCUGUUCUACAGCAGAUCCACCUGGUGACCGAGCCUGGGGAUCGCUUGGCCGUUCCUCAGGACACCUGGCUGGAGAAGACACUCUCCGGCCUCUCGCAGCCGGAGGAUUCUUCGCCGGCCAAGCGAGAGGAGUCCUCCCCGGGCAAGCGAGAGGAGUCACCGGCGAAGGUGCCAACAGAUCUGCGGGCGCAUUUGGAGGAGCUCUCCAUAAGUAGCAAGCAAAAGACCUUGGAGAUGAAGCUGAAGAGCGCGGGGGACGAGCUCUUGUUGGACUUGGCCAAGAGCUUCGAACUGCGCAGCGCGCGUGCGCCUUCGCACGUUGGUGGCGAUUUGGCUGAGGAGCUCUGGCCACAGAUUUCGGAGUGGCAACUCCGCCACUCCGCCGGUUCCGCCGGUUCCAGCGCCUCCCUGCGGACCAUGGCGCGACUGGCGAGGAGUGUCAUCUCCUCAGGCGACAAAGACUUCGCGAGCUUGCGUCCCCAAAUCGAAGAGGCGUGGCGCCGUGCCGAGGCCGGGAUGUCAUGCGAGGCCUUUGGGGAGGUGCUCUCUGCGGGUGAGGAGCUGGUGGCGGGGUUAGAGCAGCUCUUCAAUGACACGCGCAGGCUGGGAGAGGUGAGCUCCACAGAGAUCUCGGAGUUCACGGAGGAGUGGAAGAUCAGGCAGCUGGCUGCCUUGAACACUUUCAUGGAGUCGGACGUGGGCCGCCUCAUCGAAGGCACUGGCGAUUUCGUCAAGGCCACCGUGUCUGCGGCGCCGACUCCAGACUUCCAACACGUCCGCGCCAAGAUCCAGGUGCUGCAGGGCACGGAGCUGUUGCUCCAGGAGCUCCAGGGCGCCGAGCUCUCCGAGGCUCCGAGGAUCUGCGAGUCUUGGCAGCGGCAGCUCGCAAGCGCGGACGUGGAGCUGGAGCACUGGGUGCAGAGCCGGGUGGAGGCGACCCAAAACGUUCUGCAGCAAGAGGUACAGACAGUGGCCGGCAUGCUCGGACAAGUGGAUUUUGAGAAGCUGCGAGUGCAGAUCCAGGAGCUGUGGCUUGUACAACCGCCGGCAGCGCCGCUGGCGCCUGACGUCCCCGAGGUAGCGCCGGAAGCGGCCGAGCCUGAUGCGGCGGAAGCGGCAGAAGUGGACGAGUUGCGGCCGCUCUUCCAACCAAGGGACGCAGCCUUUGGGCAGGUGCGGCAGGACUUCUUCGCGCGACUGGAAGCCAUCAGCACGAAUGUGGAGAUGGAGGAGUUGCUGAGCUCGCUCCAGCAGCAGUCCGCGCAGUGUCAGGAUGCUGGCCGCGCUCUGGGCCGCGCUCUCGCGUCCAUGGCCGCAGAUGUGGCGCCUAUCUCUCUGGAGGAGCAUUGGCAGAAGCAGGCAUACAAGGUGGCCAAAGACGGCGCGGCCUUGAUAAAGGACCUGGAGACUCUAUUCAGCGACAGCUUCGCCAGGCCUGGGGAGAACCUGUGGCCGGACAUCCACACGGAGUGCGAGAAUUUCCUGCAGAAGAUGCUGGCGAUGCGGAACCUUGCAGCAGAGUCUGGCAUGGCAGCUCUCUAUGAAGGCUUCAUCCAGACUGUAACGGCGUCGGUGGCGCACGUCGCCCAAGACUCAGGCCGCGUGGUCGCGGGCGGCAACCUGCCGCCCGAGUUGCGCGCACAGAUCCAGGAAGUCUGGGAGCAGCACGUGGGCGCCCGCUCUCAUGGCGACGGCCGCAGCGAGCGCUCGGGGUCGGAGACGCGGUCCUCGCGGGCGGUCAGCCAGGAGGCGCGGCUCGAGCGCCCCGUCCAGCCUUCAAAGGUCUUGCGGGACGGGGAGGAGCUCCUCAAAGAGCUUGAGAGCAUUUUCAACGGGAGUUGGGCCAGGCCGUGGGAUGACUUGGGCCCGGACAUCGAGGCGCAGAUCACCGGCUGGCAGCAGAAGCAGCCCGAGGCUCAUCCGGCAGCCAAGAUGUACCAAGACUUCGCCAUCCUGGUGCAAUCCACCGUGGCGCGGUCUGUGGAUGGCGCUAGCCACCUGCGGGGGGACUUCCAGACGCUGAAAGCGCAGAUUCAGGAAUCCUGGAUCAGCAGCACGCAACAGGUCAGGCGCUCUGCUGACAUUUCGGCCCAGGUGUCGGAAGACGGGGAGGAGCUUCUGAGGCGGCUGGAGGUGCUGUUCACCGAGAACUCGACCAGGCAGGCAGACCUGACUGCCGAGAUCUCGGAGCAGAUCGGAAGCUGGAGACAACUUCAGCUGGAUGCCCAUCAGCUGGAGACGUCCUCCACUGGAGCGCAGAUGUACCAAGGUUUUGCCGCCCUGGUCCAGUCCACCAUCCAGCGCCUGGCCGGCGACGCCUCCGGCGCCGUGGCCGGUGACGCGGUGGACUUCCCGAAGCUGCGCGCGCAGAUCCAGGAACAGUGGCAGAAGCGUACCCGAGCGCCCAGCAACGGUCAGGAGCGCCGACCCAAGACAGAGCGCCACGGCAAGCAGCAGGCGGUGAAGGCGGGCGAGGAGCUUCUGGAUGUGCUGGAGGAGAAGGGUGCGGAUGGAUUGCGGAUCCGCUUGGAGUUGGAGAAGUGGCGAAGCCUGCAGCUGCAGUCGAAGCGCUUGACGGAGGACUCGGAGAUGGGCGUUUGGCUUCAGUCCAUGGUGACCUCUGCACAGCAAGUUGUUGCGAACGACGGAGCUCAGAACUGGACGAGCCUCAAGCCGCAGAUCCUGGAGCAGUGGAAGCGGCAGCUCCACGUGGGACACGUGCACUUCGAGGAGAGCUCCAAGGCGCCUCGAGGCCGCAGUCGCCCACGGCAGAAAGUGGAGUCGGAGGUGGAGUCAGCCUGGGAGCAGCUGCAAGCGCAGCUCCAGUCGCUCUUGCAGAGCGAUUUAGAGCCCCAGCUGCGGCAGCAGCGAGUGGAGGCCUUGGUGCAAUCUUGGCAGACCAGGCAGUUGACGGAGAAUGUGGACGCCAUCACCGCUUCCUUGAUCCAAAGCCUCGGAGCGGCUUCCUCGGACGCUGCGGCCCUGCAGCUGUGCCUGGAGGAGGCAUGCCAGAUGCGAACCUCUUUACCCGGGUGGUGUUUGAAUCAGUCAGCGGUUGGUAGGGCUGGAAUGCAGCUCUUGGCCGAGUUGAAGAAAGGAGAAGGCGACCUCUCCAUCUUGGACAGCUGGCAGGCGCGGCACCCAGUGCAGCUGCACUUCCUGGCGGAGCUGGCGAGGGACGUGGUGACCAUUCGCCAGGUCACGCCAAGCAGCGACCUCCCCGACUUGGCGCAGAGCAUCCAGGACGCCUGGCAGAGCGAGCUGGAGCGGCGGCAGCACGCCAAGGCGAACAGAAGAGGCGCCAGGCACGGCCAGUCCAGAGACUCGCACAGAAGCCGGGCAGAGACGACGAGGUCGCGAGUUGAAGAGCGAGGAGCGACCGAGCCGGAGCGGCACCGUUCUGGCGCUCGGUCCAGUGAGCGGAAAGGGAAGCCACCGAAGCAGCCGAAGUCGCCCAAGGAUGCCCUGGACGUGCUCGAAGCAGGCGGCCAGCCGGAGGUUGAUGUGCUGCAGCCGAGUCGCAGUUUCGAGCAUGGAGGCCUUCGUCCUGAGCGCGCGCGCUCCAGCUCCCUGCACUCGCCCGGUCCUCCGGACUUCGACUUGGCGAGCCGCAGUCGAGGUUCUUCCAGCAACCUGGAUAGCCGGCGAUCCUCGCCCUCCCCUGAUUUGCGCUGUGGGAAGUACCAGAAGCGUCGGGCUCUGGGCCUUGUGGGCGCCAUGCAGGUCAAGGAAGAGCGCGGCUGACGGGCCCGGUUUUCCAAGCGACGGAGCUGCUGCAGAGCUGGCAGCCGUCCGAAGAACCAGCCGUG